AUGAUAGCCCCCACAACAUCAACUUACAGAAGUAUACCAAAUGAGUACUUCAUCAUCAUGGACAAGGAACCCGGCGAUCAGCAGUGGGCCAAGCGUCCAUGGCGAAACUUGACAGCCACGGACGUCCCGCUGGGCGCCAUCAUCAGCAACCCCAAGAGGCCCGAGCAGGCCGUCGCCCAGCUCGAGCUGAACCCGGCUCUGGACGUGCAGCUGGCCAAGUACAAGCAGUUCGCCGCCGCAGGCCACGGCACGGGGAACGGCGACCUGCUCCAGGAAAUGCCCGAGAAGCGCCGCGAGGGCUUCAACCGGUCGACGUUGCAAUUCGUCACCGGCGCCACCACCUUCUCCCGGCUGCAGAGCUGCGGAGCGGAUGGAGUGAUGCGGCAGCAGGCCGCCAGGGCGAAGAUGGCGGCCGGCAAACAUCUCUUCCUCGUCACGGGCACCAUGGUUUCCGAGGGCGAAUGUACAUUUACGACGUCGCUGGACGGCCACGACCGCAGCGAAACGCACACGCAGGAUCGAGUUGAUAGGCAAGGCCUUGGUCCACGGCUGCUCGGGCUGAACUUGGUUGAGGUCUGGGAGAAGAGCCCCGGGUCUGGAGAAGUCUGCAGCAGACAGUACCGACCAACUUCUGGCUACGAGUAUGCCUACGAGCAAGGCAGAGUGGAAGGUGUAUACACGGUUCUUGACCAGUGA